GACUGACAAGCCAAAAUCUACUCCAUCCUCCUCUGAACCCGAAAAGAAACAACCGGCAAAUGUUGGUACCGUUGCUGCACCUUGUCCAGAAGCAAAAGCACAAGAACCAACAGAUAAAGACGAAAAGAAACCAGCAACUACAAGGCAAGUAGUACACCAUCUCGUCCCCCUCCCUGAGGAAACAGAGUCUGGAGCGAAAUUGCUCAAGGAUAUUUCCAAAUACUCCUAUGGCCAGUACAGGGAUGUCCGAGGACGUUUUCUGGAUCGUGUGAAAGAUUCGAAAGCUAGGAAGAAAUUGCGCAUGUUGAGUCGUCGCUCUGAUGACGAUGAAUCUGACAGUGAUAGCGACGAUGAGCAAAAGAAGACAUUGGAUGAGAAAGCGACUGAACACGUGACAGGUGGUGCUAAUGCUAUGGGCAAAACCUCCUUCUCAGGAGCAACGCCUUUGGUGGCGCAGUAUGAACGGGAUGUGGAUCUGGAAAAGGAGAAACGAGAAAAUCUGAAGGCGCGGCCUUCGAAGGAUACUAGUUCUACUUCUACUCCUUCUAGAGAGACAACUAGUAGUCUCACUACCUCCAUUGCGCAAAAGAACGACGAUGACGAAGAGCAGCGCAGAGCCGAGGAGCAUGCGAUGUGGGAGACGGAGGAGUGGAAAGAAGCUGUGAAAAAGUCUGUGCGGAUCAAGAAUUACGUCUUGAAGCCAGGUGCGGGCCGCGCAGAAGUCGAAUACGCUGAUAAAAAGUGGAAAGAAGACUACGAAAAACUACAUGCAAAGCCAGAGGAUGAUGUGAAGAAAGACCCAAAAGAGGGGGAUCUGAAGGAGAAGCUGGACAAGGAUGAAACGUCCUCAACCACUAAGUCGUCAUCGACUUCUUCAAAAGACGUUGCUACCACCACCACGAAAGACGAAGCCUCUUCUAGCGAGACAAAGAAGGACGAACAGCCUGAGAACGUCGAAGUAAAAGACGACGACAGCGACGACUCAGGAGAUGAAGACCAAGACGAGCCUUGUUCAGAGAGCAAUAACAAACCAGCAGGUGUCCAAAAGCCGAAAAGCACCAUCAACCUAGAGGAAGAUGCUAUUCCCAGACGUGUCUGGUUGGCCGAUCAACGCCGCGAAAGGGAGUUGAUUGAGAUGCUGGAGAAAGAACUGAAGGAAGGGCAGUGGACCAAGACGUCCGAUGAGAAGGUUGAUAUUGCGAAAUUCUUGCAGGAAUUGGCUUUGGACGAACUAGGCCAUGAUGACUUCGAUAUUCCACUUGAUGCAACAUCCUAUGGAGGAGAGGUGCAGGUUGACGGCACAGGGACAACAACUGUGACUCCUGGUACCAGCAGUGGCACAAGAAUUGCGACUAGUACAACAGGAGGUGCUGGUGGAGGUAAUAUUACAGUAGGUUCCGGCGCUAGCGGCAGUACUAGUUCAUCCACUAGCUGUUCUACCUCUAAGUCAAAUACGAAAGAGCGUUUGCUUCCUGAAAAUGACGAUACUGUGGAGGGAUCACCUCAGCAGUCCCAUCAUCUUCUUGGGCAAGGAGCUGUCAAUGAGGAACAUCGCCCUGUCAAUGAGGAACAAAGCACACCAAGUACAGCACCAGGAUCUCCCAGUCCUACAUCGGGAGAUCGGGAAGAAGAUGAAGAACCUCUACUUGUUGGGAAGAAAAAGAAUACCAUUGGUGGAGCAUCUACUUCAAUUCCUACCUCCUCAGAAGAGUACAUAUCGAAAAUGAUCACAUCCUCCUGCGCUUCCUCGUCUUCUUCUUCGAUGAAAAACUUACCCGCAAAUGCUGACAAGCUGAGAACGCAGACGGGAGACAACUACUCCUACAGCUCUGAACACUCCAAUGGAAAGUUUGUCCCUACUAUUGACGAUAUCACCGACGAGAUGAUGUUGGAGGCUGUCCUUCGCAAUGACGAUGAGGAGGAUGAAAAACGAAAUGAGCGAGAGGAAGAAAUAGAACAAAAGAUAUUAGCCGCUUGUGGUCUAGAUAAGCCUGAUGCUGCUAUACUAGCUGCAAAAGCGGAGUAUGAACGAUUGGUGAGGGAGAAGUCAGGCUUCGGAACUGAAGGAGAGGUCGAAAAAGUUCUUGAAGAUGCUGAUGCACCUUCUCCGUUAGAGUUGCCCUUUCUCAACCAAGGUCCAACUAAUCUGAUUAAAACAUGCUCACUUUCUCCUACAACGACAUCAGAGCAAAGUGGUACAGCAACACCAAUUGACAGAGACGGAAAUAGAAGUGGAAACGGCCAGAACUCAGCAGGAGAAGGCUCAGGAGCUGCAGGAGGAAAUGGAGCAGAUGGAGCACACAAUCAAGGUAAGAAAGGUCGUCGACGGGUUCGCUUCGAUUCUUUUGUCGAGCUUGUAAGCGCCUCAUCUCAAGAUGAGGGACCACCCUCUACUCCACCUUCCACCAGGAACAUCAAAAUAAAUCCUUUUCGACGCAUUCUCGUGAAACGCCAAUUUGCUGCUACUCCUAAUCCUACCACUCCUUCGACUCCUGGAGAACCUGGAGAAGAAGUAGUGGAUGAGAAUUUUGCCGACUUUUCUGCCAUGAGCAACUUUAGCGAGACACCGACCAGUGUUGACAACUCUCCUGCUCUGGGAAAACAUCAGCAAUAUUUUGAUGAUCCUGAUCAAGACGAUGACUCAGAUUCUGACCAAGACGAGGAUGAUCAAGACGUCGAUGCUGCCCAAGAGCAAGACGUCGACGACGAUCAGGACGAGGAUGAGUUGAUGCGACAGGAGAUGCAUGCCCUUUUUCCCGAGAUUGGCUUGCAAGACACCGCUUUAGUGAACAAUCCUGAAGUGCUACAAGAAGCAAUGAGGGGGGAUCAACCGGGUGGCUUGUUGUUGAAUCACUUCCAGAGUUCAUGAAGAGAAGCUUAAUAUUGUCCUACUUAUCGGACGGUCAAAAUCUAAUGAUGACAAUGCCACUCAUAACCAGAGUUUUACUUCCAGAGUGUCGUGGAUAAAUCUAAUAUAAAUGAUCUUUGCUAUAUUUUCAUUUUGGUACUCCUCAGUCACAUGAUUUUCUUUCCCAAUUACAACCCCAGCAUCAUUUUCCUCAACAAGGUUUCAUCCUCAAAGACAAAGGUCAUAUUUUCCUAGUCAGCCUCAGCGCAUGGCGUUGACCCUGGAUUGCAAGUGCUGACACACAGACUUUACUUUCCUAUUCACCUCCUGGAGUUUCAGUUGCGUCACAACUUGAUAAACAUCAACGAGAAAACUUGAUUUGAAGUAUUCGACGUUGAUCUCUCUUGUUGCAGAUGUGUUCAUGAAGAGCAGGGGUUAGCCGAGACGAGAGAAUGAAACUACGAGUGCUUUUUACCUGAUUGCCAUUGGUAUAUUAUUCUUCUGCAUCUUCGUUACAAUGCAUGCAUUUUGGUCGGUGUGUGGUAAACGCCUCUUGUAUCUGUAAAUAGGUUAAUGACUAGUAUACGUCGAGCGACGACCACGUCCAUCCAUGAAGAAAAUCAUCGGAACUUGCAGGAUCAAGUGCUUCUCCAUAUAGAUACACACUUUUGAUCACCAAUCAUGGAGGCUAAAACGUUUUUUCGCGCCCCAAUUUUCGAAUUGUACUCGUCCAUGUGUCUUCGCCUGCCAGAAUUUAUCUUUAUUUCUUUUUUCGUUUAGGUCCGUUUCGUAUUUCUUUCGCUGAUAGACUUUCAUCUUACGACUUACGUACACUAUUAGCGAAUCGUUUCUAAUAUAAUUUGAUCUUGUUAAGGUGAAACAUCCAUAAUCAUCAAAAAUGGUCUGAGUUGCGAUUAGCCUCGUCGACUACCUGGUCGUGAAGCCGAUAGCUUCAUUACUGAGUAGCGAUGAGACUCAAUCCGCUCCGAGGAGCUCGUCUAGUUCCCACCAGAGAGGGGAUGGCAUGUAUGACGAUGCAACUCGGCGGCUGCUGAAGGAUGAACGCGAACGCGGAGGUUCUCGUGAAGGUGGUUCGCGAAAGAACCACGAGAACCACCAAGGACCUUACAACGAUCAAGAUUCAAGGAUGAUUGUACAAGGGGUUCAAUACAAUCAGCAAGAAGGAACGUUUACUGGUUCGAGCGGACGAAGUAGCGCUGUAGUAGUUGGAUCAGCGGUUGGAUCAGCGCCCAUGGCAGGGUAGAAGUAAUGUGCGAAAUUGCUAGAUGAGGUGUGUGGUGUAACGAAGCGCCGAUUUAAUCGCGUUUGAGUUUUCUUUUGUUUCGAGCCUCAACUGCGAUGUCCAACUCGAAGCUGGUGCAGCUUGUGUAAAGCUUGUAAAGAAUGCUGUGCUCCUUGGCGUGGAUGAUAGAGCUAUAUGACCUCCAUAAUUUUUGCUCGAAUGUCUUGUUGUGGUUGUACUAGCCGCCAGUAGUCUGACAUUAUAUAACCUACUUCUUCUAGUGAUACCCGCAGGUCGUGGCAUCAUGUCUUAUCAUGGUGUAUGCCGCAGGUUGAUUUUUCAAACAAUCUAUGAAAGUCAAAUCCUAAACAUGGUUAUGCAAGGUCAGACUUCUGAAUAACAAAAAGCUUGAAAGAUGAAACGUCUUGUGCUGAGAGGCAAAUCUGCACUAUUAUAAGCAAUCCUCCAGUAUGCCAUAGUGCAAUAAGCCUAGUUGAGG